AUGGCGCCCCCGCGUCCCGCCCGCCCGGAGAGCCUUGAUAUCGACAUUGCUCCCGCCCCCGCUCCCGCUCGCACUUUUACGAUGGCUCCCAGUGUUCCGGCCGUGCCGGCCGUUCCCAUGGUCCCGGCUGCCCCAGCGAUGCGGGCUGCUCCGCACCCCCAAGGUUACCCGCGCUCCCGCUCCCCGCGAUUCGACCCCGAGGCCAUUCCUAAGCCCGUGCAACGCGCCCAGUCGCCCCCGCGAUUCCCGUGGGACCGCGAGGAGAGACGCCCGUCCGCCGACCGAGCGGCUCAAAGCCAAGCCGCCAGCAGCUCGCCCGUGACAACCCGCGUCCCCACGCCCCCGCAGCCGGCCGCCAUGCCUUCUCCCCACAGAUGCCCUCUCCACCCCGUAUGCCGUCGCCUCCGCAAGCUGGACGCCAGAGCCCCCGAACCAGCCUCGCGCCGCCGCGUUCCCGAAGCCUCCGUCCCCGCCCGCCGAUUCUCCUGCCAAGGGCCCCAUGGCCACUGCCCGCAUGUCUAUCCUACCGAGGCAAAACUCGGUAAAGACGACGAUUCGCCCCUCGAGGCAACGGCCCCCUUCGGUGGAGGAUAUGCCUUCCCCGAGAAGCCGCCUGUUCAGCGACGAGUGGCGGCCGGUCUACCGGGCAAUCCCAAGGCCAUGGCCAUGAGAACCCUCAUGAAUGAGGCCGAGACCAAGCGUGUGCAGACCGUCAUGUUUGUGAACAAUAUCGAGUACAACAACCCCGAGGCUGUCCGGGAUAUCCUCCAGGGCGCUGCGGAUAAGGCUGCUGCGAGAAACGAUAAGCGAGAUACGACCAUGUCCGUCUUGCAUCGGCCUCGGCCCAUCCCUAGGGGUCGGCAAGGCGAGGAAGAGCUGGGCGCUGGUGCUGCUCCCCGCGCCGCGGAGCCUGCCCCGCCUCAGGAACAACCCGUCGCUCGCGAGCUACCCUCGGUCCAGCGAUCCAAGUCGAACUCGUCCGCGACCACUAGGAAAUCCAUCCUUAGGUCCAAUCCCGGUAGCCCUACCCAGCUGCCACCUCUUCCUCCUGCGCCUAUGCCCAAGCGCCCUGGUAACGCCAUUCGCCCUCUGCCCAACGACACCAAGAGCAUGACCUUUGACGAGAAGAUGAAGAUGUUCUUCCCGGAGCCCUCCAGCCGUCCCGGUUCUCGACCCGGAUCUAGCCACAGCAACGGCGGCGGUGCCCCCAAGACCGUCCUGUCGCCCAUCCCCGCCAUGCCAGCCCUCCCCGCUUCAUUCAUGGACAUGGAUGGGGAGACCGAAAAGGAAAGGUCUGACCGUACGACCAAGACCUCCUUCCAGACCCAGAGCGUGGUGGAGAUUGCCGAUAUCAAGAAGAUGCCCGUUGACAUGCGCAACACGGCCAAGUUUAGCGUCGACACCGUCACCACCACGGGCAUCAGCCAGGCUUGGCUGCCCCCGGUCCCUAGCACGCAGGCUCUCCCCUACCCGGUGAACGAGGGGAAGAAGCGACAGUCUUCUCCCAUCAUUCCCUACAUACCCGACAACGUCUCCGAAACGAGCGAUGAUAGGACUCAGUACGAUGACGCGACGACGAACUGGGGCUCGCUCCACUCGCCUCCCAAGGCUAUCAAGAUGAGGAUGGCCCAGCCGGUCGAGGCCAAGGCGACGUACCUGCCCAAGAAGACGGAGAAGAAGGGCGAGGAGAUCAUGACCAUCAUGCUUGACGACUCCAACGGCGUCCGCGAAGACAUUCAAGCUGGGAGGGAGUCCUGGUCCGCCGACAUCCCCUUCGUCAUGAACCCUUCGGCGGAUCUCGCGUCGUCCUCCAACCGCGAGAGCCGCUGGCACCACAGGGUGGGCGACCAGUGCCCCACCUUCUCCGACCGCAAGGAGAAGACCAAGUCGCGCAAGAUGGUGCCCCCGACGCCGCUCCUCCUAGGCCGCGGCGCCGCCGGCAAGAACAUGGUGAUUGUUCGCGCGGCGGAGCCUUCGCCUCUCGAGUCGCCGACCCAAGCGUACCGCGAGAUCCAGUCCAAGCUGAAGAAGCUCGACGAUAGCACCCGCGACUCGGUGGGCAGCCAGGGCCGCAAGCAAGCGCUUCUCGACAACUUGGAGCAGGAGAUGGGCCAGCAGGAGGACUACUGGCACGAGAUGCAGAACGGCAUCCGCGAUUCCUUGUCCACUGUCAAGACGUCGCCCCGGAGGGAUUCCUUCCGUGGCCCCCAGCUCUGGGCGCCGGCACCCUCCAACGCCAUGCGCGACACGAUUGUCCACCUCCUCUGGGUGCCCGUCAGGCGCGUGCCCAAGCCCGUGUACCAGGGCAGCGUCCUGGAAAUUGCCGCGGCUCCGAGGAAGACUGCCCAGCGACCCGCCACGGCCCAGCCGGUCGACAAGCUCCAGUCUACCAGUCUCUGGCACAAGACCAAGAAGGCCCCUCUGCCCGCCGGCCGCCUCUGGGGCUCUACCGCCCCCGCGCCAAAGGAGAAGAAGACGGGCAACAACCGCCCCGUGACGCAGCGGCCCACCCGCCGUAGCCGUCGGGUGACCAUGCUCCCGGACAUCCUCGAGAGCCCCAAGCCCCUGCCCGACAACCGCGGAACGCUAGGAAUCUUCCAGUUCCCCUGGGGCGAGAGGUCGGACACGGGUUCCUUCAACCCGCGACCGAGCCACAUAGGCGCGCUCAAGCAGCUCGAGUCCGAGGAAUACUCAUCGUCCUUCUUCGACGAUUACGACGAGGAGCUGCCCGGGGAUAUGGACGCCAACUUCGACAUGGACGGUAGCGACGAGGACUUUGACGAGACGACGCUGUGGGAGAUUGCCAGCCUCCUCAAGACGGACAAGAUUCCCUCCAAGAACUCGCUGUUGCCCGCGCCUCUCAAUAGCGACCUACGACAGCCCCGCCGCGAUGGCUCUGACUCGGUGCUCGGCGACUUCAUGGAAGACACCGAUAGCGACAGCCGCAAGGACUCCAUCAUCGUCGGUCUCCAAAGCAGCAUCAUCUCCGAGACCCAGCAACAGUCAAAGAAGGCCCUCAUGUGGAUUGCGCCCUCGUGGCCGCGCUCGGCCCCGAGCCCCGCCGGUCUCUUCAGCCUAGCGCACAAGCGCAGGGACUACAGGACCACGACCCAGGAGCCCGCAGCACUCAACGUGGAGCGCAGGGCCCGCAUCUCUCACGAUCCCCUGCCGGUCCUGACCUCGACUUCCCUCUGGACCGCCAAGACGUCGGCCCAUGCGUCUCGCAACUGGCUUUCCGGCCGCAGCUCGGCCGAGGCCAAGCCUAGCAAGCCGCAGCCGCUCCGCCGCCAGCACAGGCCCAGCAUCGCCUACCGCGCCGACUGGGAGGCCGCGCUCCAGGAGGCGCUCGCGCUCAGCUACCCCAACAAGGUGGCCAAGCGCGCCGCCACCACCGAGGCCGAGUGGGCCGCGGCCCUGAACGAGGCGAUUGCGCUGAGCGGCAUCCGCAGCUUCCACUGGGAGCCGCCCAUGCCCCCGCAGCCCGUCCAGAUCCAGAUGCAGUGGCCAGAGCCUACGCCCGCGCCUGUUCAGCAGCAGCAGCCCGUCGAAAUGGUCUGGGAGGAGCCCGUCGUUGCCGGCUACCAAGAGUACUUCCAGCCUGCGCCGGUGGCCGCGCCCGUGCCCGUCCCUGUGCCCGUUUCAGCACCCGUCUGGGAGGAGCCCAUCGUUGCCGGAUACCAAGAGCGGCAAUGGGUCGAGCCUGUCGUUGUCGGCUUCUCCGACUACUUCCAGCCCGCCAUGCCCCAAGCCGCCCCGGCUACUACCUGGGAGAUGCCCCUUGUCGCCGGCUAUCAGGGCCAGUGGCAACCUCUGGCCGCCGCUCAACCAUCCCCCAUGCCCACGCCCCAACCGUCUCCCCUCCCCGCUGCGACCUUCCUUGCCGUAGCGCCGCCGCCGCGCGCCCCUUCGCCCAGGCCCGCCAUGCGCGAGCCUUCGCUUCACAUCUCUAGCACUAGCUUGUGGAAGGCACCUGCCGACAACACCUGGUCGCGUUCUGCCAACGGCGCAGCCACUCUCUGGACCGCCGGAGAUGGAAGCUCCCUGCCCGUGUUUGCGUGGCAGCCAAUGUGGUCGCGCGAGAACGUCGCGAGGGCCCCAGAGAAGGAUUGGUUGAGCACGUUGGUGGUGGUGCAGCAGCCGGGCAUGGUCAAGAAUCUUGCCACAAAGGGAGGUCUUCCGGAACCGGUCCUCAUAUAUAACCGGACCCAAAAGCGCAGCGAAGACCUCGCCAACUCUUUGGGGCCGGCGGCGGUAGAAAUCACCACCUCCGUCGAAGACGGCGUCGCCCGCGCCGAUGUCAUUUUUACGUGCUUAGCCGACGACGACGCGGUGCGCGGCGCGCUGACGAGCGCCGUGGCCAACGGCGCCGCCGCGGGCAAAGUGUUUGUCGACUGCUCGACGAUCCACCCAGAGACCACCGAGUCCAUCGCCGAGCUGGUCACAAGCAAGGGCAGCCAAUUCGUGGCGGCCCCCGUGUUCGGCGCCCCCGCCAUGGCGGAGACGGGCCAGCUCGUCUGCGUGCUCGCGGGCCCGCGGGCCGCCGUCGACGUUGUGCGUCCCUACUUCAAGGGGGUCAUGGGUCGGGCAGAGAUUGACCUGGCCGAUCAACCGUACAGCAAAGCCACCACGCUCAAGGUGCUGGGCAACACCUUCAUCUUCAACAUGGUGGAGCAGCUCGCCGAGGGCUUGGUCGUGGCGGAGAAGGCGGGGCUCGGCACCGACCCCAUGCGGCAGUUUGUGGAGGCCGUCUUCCCCGGCCCGUAUACCGCGUACGCGCACCGCAUGCUGUCGGGCGACUACCACACCCGCGAGGAGCCCCUCUUCGCCGUCGACCUCGCCCGCAAGGACCUCCGGCACGCGAGGAGCAUCGCGCAGGCUGCCGGUGUGUCGCUACCGAACGCGGAGACGGCCGACGCACACCUCCGAGUGGUCCGCGAGCACGUUGGGGAGAAGGGCGACAUUGCUGGGAUCUACGGGGCGGUGCGGAAGGAGGCGGGCUUGAAAUUUGAGAACAAUUGA